CCACGUGGGCAGGCCGGUGAUGGCGGCGCUGGUUGUCUCCGAGGUGGCGGAGCCCGGCAGCCAAAAAGGCCCUGGCAGAGGUGGGUGCUACAGCGCUGCGGCCUCCGGACGUCGCAUCUUGGGGUCGAGUCCCUCGGGGCCGCUUGGCCAAUCAGAUCCCCCCUGAGAUCCUGAACAACCCCCAGCUGCAGGCAGCCAUCCGAGUCCUGCCUUCCAACUAUAACUUUGAGAUCCCCAAGACCAUCUGGAGGAUCCAACAGGUCCAGGCCAAGAAGGUGGCCUUGCAAAUGCCUGAAGGCCUCCUCCUCUUCGCCUGCACCAUUGUGGAUAUCUUGGAAAGGUUCACAGAGGCCGAAGUGAUGGUGAUGGGUGAUGUGACCUACGGGGCUUGCUGUGUGGAUGACUUUACUGCAAGGGCCCUGGGAGCUGACUUCCUGGUGCACUAUGGCCACAGCUGUCUGGUUCCCAUGGACACCUCGGCCCAAGACUUCCGGGUGCUGUAUGUCUUUGUGGACAUCCGGAUAGACACCACCCACCUCCUGGACUCUAUCCGCCUCACCUUUCCCCCAGCCAGCGCCCUUGCCUUGGUCAGCACCAUUCAGUUUGUGUCAACCUUGCAGGCAGCUGCCCACGAGCUGAAAGCUGAGUAUCGUGUGAGUGUCCCACAGUGCAAACCCCUGUCCCCUGGGGAGAUUCUGGGCUGCACAUCCCCCAACCUGCCCAAAGAAGUGGAGGCUGUUGUAUACCUCGGAGAUGGCCGCUUCCAUCUGGAGUCUGUCAUGAUUGCCAACCCCAGUGUCCCCGCUUACCGAUAUGACCCAUAUAGCAAAGUCCUGUCCAGAGAGCACUAUGACCACCAGCGCAUGCAGGUCAACCGCCAAGAAGCCAUAGCCACUGCCCGCUCAGCUAAAUCCUGGGGCCUCAUCCUGGGUACUUUGGGCCGCCAAGGCAGCCCCAAGAUUCUGGAGCACCUGGAAUCUCGGCUCCGAGCCUUGGGACUUCCCUUCGUGAGGCUGCUGCUCUCUGAGAUCUUCCCCAGCAAGCUCAGCCUACUUCCUGAGGUGGAUGUGUGGGUGCAGGUGGCAUGUCCACGCCUCUCGAUUGACUGGGGCACAGCCUUCCCCAAGCCGCUGCUGACACCCUAUGAGGCGGCGGUGGCCCUGAGGGACAUUUCCUGGCAGCAGCCCUACCCCAUGGACUUCUACGCCGGCAGCUCCUUGGGACCGUGGACGGUGAACCACGGACGAGACCGGGCUCCCCAAGCCCAGGGCCGGCCGACGGUGGGGAAGGAGGUGCAGAAGGGGCCCACGGGCCCCUCUUCCGCCGCGGCCUGCGAGGGUUGCAGCUGCCGAGACGAGCAGGAGGCGCCGCCCGCCCCUUGAGACGCUCCUGGGUUUCAGGGCCCUGCCCUCCGGAGGAGCAGACUCGAGGCUGGUGGUUUUCAGAACAGGAGGCAGACGUGUUCUCCGCACUGAAGGAGCCUACAGUGUGCAGAGGUCUGGAGGAAGCCCUGGGAACGGUGGCACAGGCACUCAGC